AUGCAGCCCACGAAACCCAACGAGUCACAAGACGCUGCCGCUUACAUACCGCAAAUCCUUGAAGUCUGUGCUCGCCUGAGCGAAUUGGCCCAGGCGCGUACAGACUCGCCCCUGAUAGCUCAAGUCCUAAAACACAUCGCAAAACUCUCCGGCAGGGCUCAGUGCCUCGGCAAACUCUUCAGUCAUCCUGAACGCCAGGGGGACUUUGAGGCAGAUCGUGGAAUUCUUGACAGCUUGCAGUCUGUCAGAACACUGCUCUUUGAAUCGUUGACUUUGUUGGACUUUUGCUCUGCAGUGGAAAAGGAUGGCGACGAUGGUGCGCUGAACGCAUUAUAUGCGUCUCUCCUUAUUUUGAACGACAGCAAUGUGGAUGUAGCAAAGGUCCGCUAUUUGAAGGAUCGCAUUUCUCGUUCCAAUCAAGAAUGGUAUCAGACUUUGUCUCCAUGGUUUGGUCCUGAAGCAUCAUCACGCAACUGGUGGUGGGGCCACGGGCCCAGGCCCCAGUCAGAUGUUCUCGAAGUCUUAGUGCCAGAGAUCUCUUGCCUCCUUGAGAGAACGAUCGCCACAUUCAGCCCCAGAUAUAUCCACACAUACGACACUGCGCGUGAUGUGCCUUACAUCGUUGACAAUUCGGCUAUUCCGAUUUCAGGCAGCUAUGGGAUUGUGAGAAAGAUUGUUGAUUGCCAGACACAAGAAGUGUUCGCUCAGAAGACGUUUCAAAAUGUUUUCUCGGUCGUGGAUCGCAAAAAGGUUCUCAAGGAGCUUGGAGUUCUGGAACUGUGUUUCCAUCGGAAUAUCAUCCAACUCAUCAAUGCCUACAAUAUUGACGAGGAGCCACACAAUAUCCAUUUUGUCAUCGCCCCUUGGGCCCCAUACACCUUGUUACAGUUCCUUCGCGGUUCCGAUACCCACAGGAAGAGGAAAUGUCCCUGGUUUGAGCCAGAUCUGCCGACAUCAGACAUUUUUGUGUAUCGUAUGAUGCAUGAUAUCGUCGAUGCCAUUCGUUAUCUCCACCGUCUUUCCAUCAAGCACAAAGACAUCAAACCCGACAAUAUACUCUUGCACCAUGAUCACAUCGGCGGUCUCAUUCCUGUCAUUACGGAUGUAGGGACUAGCAAGGUCUUCCGACAUGGUUCGAACACCGACUAUAUCAACAGCUCAUACCAAUACCUUUCCCCCGAGCAGUUGAGAUGUGAGGAAAGCAGCCUGAAAGCAGACAUUUGGCAAUUAGGAUGCUGCUUUGCAAUGCUACUUUCUGUGGCAAGAGGCGGAACGCCAGCUCUGAACACCCUGUGGACUUCCUUCGAGAGAACGGACGAAAAGUGCUCGUGCAACAUUGCAACCGAGUAUGGGUCGUUCAUGCAGACACUCAGUGACAUUUGUACCCCGGGAAAUGCUCCACAAGAGCAUGCACAUUCUCUGACAUGUCAAAUGUUGGAUUCGGAUUCCUCGAUUCGCCUUGAUAUUGAGACUGUCUGGACGAAAACAGAAAGGCUGCCGCGCUAUUGA